GGAAAAAACAUUGAUCAGCUGUGCAAGGAAUGGAUAGAGUGCAUGACUCUGUGGCAUGGUACCAAAAAAAGAUCGGAUCAUAUGACAAGCAUAUUUGGGAGCAGUCUUCUGAACAGAAAGUCCUAAGGAGUAUACAACUGGCACCACGGAGAAGUGUUCGUCAGAAAACAGAACUCAUUGAUGUUGAUCUUGUUCGAGGUUCAACAUUCUCCAGAGCCAAACCACAAGUGUCAUGGACAAACAUAACCCUCAAAGCCAUUGUGAAAGUUGUAUUCUUUCCUCUAUAUCACAAAUGGUGGCUGCAGCAGAUGCCAUUGAAAAUGUUUGUGUUCCUCAUGGUGCUAUUCGUCAUGCAGGUCAUCAGCCUCAUCAUCUUCUUCAGGAAUGUUGGAGGCAGCGUAAUGAAAGAUGAGCAGACACUGUCUGAGGUUGUGAUCCCUGCCUUAUUAAUGUUGAUCCUGGGUCAAAUACAUUCCCAAACUGUUCUGUCCCACUUUUCACAUCGAUCUCAACACCGGGACAACAAGUUAGCCCGCAAGUCGUCCACUGGACUCAUCAGGGAAUCUAAGAUUAGGAAUUCCAAAAUGACCGAUGUAAAGCGCAGUUAUUCUGUCCCAAGUCAAGCAGUCGGAACCAUUUAUGAAAACCUUCCUCAAGGCUCCAGUACAGAUGUGAACCCAACAUCGAAACAGAAUCGAAAACCUCCACCAGACAGACUUGUUUCAAACAGUAAAGUAGACGUCAAAAAACAAAAAAAUUCAAUGGAUAAAGUUAAAAAGUACAAUUUUUCCGAUAAAGGCACAAUCAUAAAAACUGGAGCAAAUAUAACAGAACAGAAAUCUGUAAGCUGGAGUGAUGCAUACUGUGUCAAGACGUCACACAUGAGUGGACACGAGAGUCCAGAUAGUGAUGCACGCACAGAUGAGGAGGAUUAUCAAAUGGAGAAUAAAGAAAUCACAGAAAAAGAUCUCGGUUCAGAAGAAGAAACAGAAAAUGUAAAGUGUUCAAAAGAAAAUCUCAAAAGUUCAGCAGAUAAUUUAAAAAAUAAUGUUGGUGAAAUUUCUCCCCAGACCAGUCAGAUCAGUGUAAAAAGUACCAAUGUAGUGAAUCAAGAUUCCAAUACACCAGAAAGCAUAAUGGCUUCUGUUGACUUUGUACAAAAGAAAAAACAAAGCAACAUAUAUCAUAUAAAUGAUGAAUUUGAAGAAAUCCUUGACUCUACACUUACAGAAGAUGUAAGAAAUGGAGAACCAUUUGAUAAUCUAACUUCAGAUCUUCAACAUUCUAAACAAGUGACUGUAAGUAACGGUCAAAUUGUGACUGACACAGAAUGCCUAACAAAAUUCUCAGACAACCAUUUACCAGACACAACAGACAAUAUUCAAAUCUUGCCCAAGGAAAAUUUCUCAAAUUCUCACAAUGGCAUAAAGGAUAAUAUCUCGCUUAAGCCUUCGGUAUCGACAAUUUCCAAUGGUAGUGAUGAUGUUUUUGUUGAUGAUAAUUCCGCAACUGUGUUUAAAAAUAAUUUAAUUGAAGAAAAUGCCAGUGAUUACAGCCCACAAGAUACUGAGUCAGUUUGUAACUCUAGUCACGGCAGUAUUGAAUCGGGAUCAAUGAAACGUUUCAUGUCAUCAUCUGUUACAAGUAAAAGUAGAACACAGUGUGAAACAGGAUCAGAUUCCGAUGAUACUCACAACAAAGCAUUUUCCUACAAAGGCUUGAGGAGAAGGAAAAAUGCCGGUUUGGAAGAAUCUUCAGAGUCAAAUUCUACCAUUUUUCGAUCACGACGUCCUCCAUCAACCCUUAAUAUGAAAACCAGAGAGAGUAAAGGCAGUACAGGGAUCAGUUCUUCGGAAGGAGAAACGUCAUACACUCCUGAUGGGAGCAAGGCUGGAGCAAGUUCCGAGGCUGAGUGGGAAGAUCGGGUCCAGUCGGAUAUCACAACCUCAACGUACUCUAGCAGCUCUGCUUCGGACAAUGAUAUCUCAGAUAAUGAUGCACAAGACAUCACAGAGGACUGUCCAACAGAUCCUGGCCUACCUCCUACUACAGGCUCAGCAAGCAUGACAGGGGACAGAAAUACCAAAGUUACAAGCAAUUUGCAUGUAAUUAAUCUACUUCAGCCUCCAACCAGUACUACGUCAGUCAGUCCUCCUCCAGACAAAGUGAGCUGUAUGAUAUGGGAGGACAAAGAAUGUAAAAAGGUAGAAUUAACUGCCCUUGAUAUUGGCUGGACAAUUAUUGAGAAAGUGGACAAUAUUCCCGAGAGUUCUGACUAUCUGUGGAUCGGCCUCAGCUUCUCACUUUUUCUCGGUGUGGUGCCAUUGAUUUUCCGAGUAUAUCAUGCCAAGGAGUACCCAGACUUCAUCACUAAAGAUGGCCUGUGUAGUUUGUGUCUGUUGUUGAUUUCAAAUUCGUGGAGAAUUAAUCUGAUCAUGGUGAACGGUAUGAUACAGAGACUAUGUCUGGGAGGUAUAUUCUUUUUUCUCCUUUCUGUUGCUGACAGAACUUUCAAACAGCGCUUACUGUAUGCCAAACAUUUCUGUUACCUAACUUCAUCACGGCGAGCCAAGAAGUUUGACAUGCCUCACUUCCGUUUAAAUAAAGUCAGAAAUAUAAAAAUCUGGCUCUCGUUACGAUCUUAUCUCAAGAAACGAGGUCCUCAGCGAUCGGUGGAUAUCAUUGUUUCUGUGACAUUUCUAUUGACAAUUGUCAUACUCACCUUGAUGUGCCUUCAGCUAUUGAAGGAUACAGAUACUUACCUGGAUUUCCUGUGUAACUGGGAACUCCUCGUUUGGUGUAUGGCCCUAGGUGUCUAUCUGCUACGAUUUAUGACCCUUGGACUCAAGAUAAACAAGAAGUAUCGUAACUUGUCCGUACUCAUAACAGAACAAAUUAAUCUGUAUCUACAGAUGGAACAGAAACCACAUAAGAAGGAGGAGCUCAUGGUAGCCAAUAAUGUUCUCAAAUUAGCUGAGGAUCUCCUCAAGGAACUGGAAAGUCCCUUUAAGAUCUCCGGUGUUUCCGCCAACCCUGUGAUAUACAAUGUAACCAAAGUUGUGGUCCUAUCUGCCUUCUCUGCAGUCCUCACAGAACUACUGGGAUUCAAGAUGAAGUUGUACAAGAUCAAACUCAGGGCAUAAUAUAUACGAGGCCUUCAGUGUUACAGAUUAGGUCUUUACCGUCAAUGUUUUUGUCUUAAUGACACAAAGACUUGUUGCCUUCAUAAUGCUUCAAACUAUU